AUGGGGAAGAGACAGGCUCGCCCAGAGACUUCGCUGCGCACUCUAGCCGUGUUCCCUACCCCAAGUGGAUCUGAGGAGCUUGAGAAAGGCGGCGCAGAAGCUUCCCAAGGCUGCCGGUGGGACUCGGACCGCGGCGGGCCCCGCCAGGCGGACCAACUUCGGGACGCAGAGGAAGCGCGGUGGGGCGGGGACGCCGGCAGCGGUUCGGUCCCAGGGUACCGACCUGGCCGCCUGGUCCGCGUCGUGUUCCAGCCUGUGACCACCCGCCGCACUUCCGGGCGCCGCUCGACCCCGCCCGGGACCCGCAGCCACGCGCCCAAGGAGCCCUGUCCGCCGUCGGCUCCGGACCACCCAGCUCUCGGUCGAGUCGCGCGCGGACAAGGCGACGCCGUGUCCCCGCCACCACAGAAAGGCAAUUUCGAAGGCGUCGCCAUCUUGGUGCCGACGCCCCAGGUGGACGGGAUCUCCGCGGCUGGCCAGGCGCACCGCAACCCGCGGGAAUCACAUAGGCGGAGCAGCGGAAGCAACAGCAGCAGCAGCCGCAGCCCCGCGGAAUCUGUCAUCGCCUUUGCCCGGGUGCGCUGGGGAGCCGGGUGUCGGGCCGGCAGGAUGCUGCGGCGGGUUGCCGCAGGCCUGGCGCUGGAGGAAUGCCGCCGGGCGGGGCAGAGGGAAGGGGGCGCGGUGGGACCUCGGCCCCUCCAGGGACCACAGGGGGAAGGAAGAGGAGAACCGGGCAGCAGAAGGGGGCCAGGACCGCCUCCUGUGCCUUCAUGGGGAGAGCCCGGCAUGUGGUUUACAACUUCCGAGGUCCCACUGGCAGAGAGGGUGAGUGUUGUGUGGCUAGUUUACACUCUACCGGCUCUAGGACUGUUCGACAAUGGGAGCAGGAUGCUGGCCAUGGGCACAACUUUCAAAAAGACCCGCACUCUGGUGGCCUAACAGGUGCUUGGAGAGUGGGCCGGUUCCCCCAAACCCCACAAACAGGAGAGCUCUUUGAAUGUGGGACUGCGAGGGUAGGAGAGCCAGCAGGAGGGUAGGACUUGCUUGCCCAAAGGAAUCUAAUUUUUCCCUAAAGUAAUGAUGCCAAUAAACACACCCACCCUUUAAAAGGGGAAAACUCUGGGCUGGUAAUGGGGGUCCUGAUUUGAGGUUAGGGGUGGGCUCUAGGCCUCUGAGGGAAAAGCUUCCUUUCCCAGUGCCACUCCCCCCCCCCCACUUUGU